AUGCUUACCAAAUUGCUUCUCUCUUCUCAGGCUCACUUUGUUCUGUUUUCAAAUAAUCUCUCUAUUGGAUACCUCUCACGCUAUCAAGAACUGAUGGCCAUCCGAAUUCAAAAUGUGAAUAUUACGGGUAAUGUCUAUGUCGAAAUCAAGAACAUCAAGAACACCCGCAAUCGAAACCGAGUACGUCCAAGAGCUUUGAUUAAUCACUCGCAGGACGUUGACAGAUGUGCUUCACCACAGAUUGACAGAAUGCAUGAACCGGUGAAUCAUGUUGGUCAAAGACGGAACCCACGUCGUCGAGCAGCCAAUACACCACCGGUUGCCAGAAUGCAUCAACCGGUGAAUCACGUUGGUCAAAGACGGAACCCACGUCGCCGAGCAGCCUCAGUCAAUCACCAGCACAACCGGCCAAUCAAGAGGAAUUUGAGGAUGCGGGUCUCUCUAGAGGAGGAUCCCCGGUUCUGGCGCAAGGCACUUACUCUGCCUGACCAUCUCAUCCAGUAUAUGUUCCCCGAAUGCAGUCUCUGGGACUAUUCCACUACACGAAGAGUUCUGAGAGCUCUGAUUGAGCACUUUGACCCGGGCUACUACCUGCGCAAAAGAAUGUCAAAGACUGAGCUGGUUAAAACUUAUCAAGAUGUUGUAUAUGUGUCUAGUGAUUUCUAUUUGUUGGUAACUUCUCAUCAUGAUGUUCAGGGAGUAGAGGUUUAUUUAGAUUUGUUUGAAUACGGUGAUGAAGCUACUUUACUUACUCAAUGUUAUUUCAUCCACGAUCUUAAUCAUUGA